AUGGAAGCCUUAAAAGAUUAUCCUGUUGAUUUUGCGAGAUCCUUCAAGGCCAGUUUGGACUUCCUCUCCUGGAGUAACAUAAAGUUUUUCGCCGAGGAUCAAACAUUCAUUCAACGAUAUUGGCGAUUGAUUAUCACAACACCUUGCGUUGUUUUGAUGUAUGUUACAGCAAUUCUGCAUAUAUGCAAGUUGUUGUACGAGGAGGAGAUAUUUGUAAUUGCAUACCUUAUGCCCCCCGUUUUGGUUGCGACUCAAGCGAUUCUGAAAGCGUUCGUUUUGGUGCCGAACACUUCACAAGUGUCACACAUAAUGCGGGAACUUGGGAGCUUGUGGACGAGAACGAAUCUGACAGUGACACAGAGCAACGACAGGGCUGCGAUAUUGAAGAAAGUAAACUUUUGUAAUUCCGUAAUAUUUUGGAUUAGCAUGGUGGGAACUCUUCAGUACAUGACCUCUCCUCUCCUGGAGACCCUAGUUCGAAGGUUUCUCAUGAAGGAAGACUGCGAGUUGCUACUGCCAAUCACUUGUAGCUAUCCGUUAAGUCCAUCUAAUGAUUGGGCGGUGUAUAUUUUUGUUUACGCAUUUUUAUUUUAUAGUGAAUGCCUGUGCGUGUUUGUCUACGUCGGUGCUGAACUGAUUAUGAUAACCCUCUGCGCUAACCUCGGCAUGCAGUUUACUUUGUUACGUGAAGAUUUGCUUCAACUAAACCGGUUGCGAACAAGAAACGAGGAACAGCCUAUUAGCUCUGAUGAAUUGGCGAUUAAGCAGUUCGUCAUGAGACAUCAACAGUUGAUUGAAUUAUCACGAUUGUUGGAUAGUGUGUUCAAUCGAAUUAUAUUCGUAAAUCUGCUGUUUGUGGGUAUAACAACGUGCUUCUUCAGAUACGCCGGACAGUUCUCCCGAGGCCCCACGUACAUGUUGAACAAUUACGUAGCCGUGUUCUCAUCUUUGCAGUUCGUUUUUUAUCUUUGUUAUUUCGGCGAAUUGCUGACUGGAGCGAGUGCAAGAAUCGGAGAUACGGCUUACCAAAAUCUGUGGUUUGAGGGCGGAACUCAUUACCAGAAAACCAUGUUGUUGAUAAUCAGAAGGUCGCAGCGCGCGUGCUGUCUUACGUCGUUGAAAUAUGCACCAGUCACUCUCAAUAUGUUCACGAAGGUGAUCAGCACAACUUGGUCCUAUUUCUCAUUGAUGAACACCGUUUAUGGCGAACAAGAGUAG